GACUUGCCAGGUUCCAACUAUCAGCAACGGGACGUCUAGCCAAGCAGGGAUGAUCAGAUAUCAAGAAUCUGUAACCUACACCUGCAAUACUGGCUACACACUGAGUGGAGUGAACACAUCAACAUGUGCAGCUAACGGUACUAUACUAACACCCAGUUGUCCAGCUGUGACCUGCCAGGUACCACCUAUCAGCAACGGGACAUCUAGCCAAACAGGGAUGAUCAGAUAUCAAGCAUCUGUAACCUACACCUGCAAUACUGGCUACACACUGAGAGGAGUGAACACAUCAAAAUGUGCAGCUGACGGUACUAUACUAACACCCAGUUGUAUAGCUGUCAAUUGUACUGUACCUAAUAUCACAAAUGGGCAGCAAGCUGUAUCGGAAAUAUCUUUCCAGCAAACAGCUAACUAUUCAUGCAGUGCUCAUCAUGUGUUAGUUGGAGAAACACGGCCAGCAUGCCAGGCUAAUCGCACCUUGACUUCAACACCCACAUGCAAAGAUGUGACUUGCCAGGUUCCAACUAUCAGCAACGGGACGUCUAGCCAAGCAGGGAUGAUCAGGUAUCAAGAAUCUGUAACCUACACCUGCAAUACUGGCUACACACUGAGUGGAGUGAACACAUCAACAUGUGCAGCUAACGGUACUAUACUAACACCCAGUUGUCUAGCUGUGACCUGCCAGGUACCACCUAUCAGCAACGGGACAUCUAGCCAAACAGGGAUGAUCAGAUAUCAAGCAUCUGUAACCUACACCUGCAAUACUGGCUACACACUGAGUGGAGUGAACACAUCAACAUGUGCAGCUGACGGUACUAUACUAACACCCAGUUGUCUAGCUGUCAAUUGUACUGUACCUAAUAUCACAAAUGGGCAGCAAGCUGUAUCGGAAAUAUCUUUCCAGCAAACAGCCAACUAUUCAUGCAGUGCUCAUCAUGUGUUAGUUGGAGAAACAUGGCCAGCAUGCCAGGCUAAUCGCACCUUGACUUCAACACCCACAUGCAAAGAUGUGACUUGCCAGGUUCCAACUAUCAGCAACGGGACGUCUAGCCAAGCAGGGAUGAUCAGAUAUCAAGAAUCUGUAACCUACACCUGCAAUACUGGCUACACACUGAGUGGAGUGAACACAUCAAAAUGUGCAGCUGACGGUACUAUACUAACACCCAGUUGUCUAGCUGUGACCUGCCAGGUACCACCUAUCAGCAACGGGACAUCUAGCCAAACAGGGAUGAUCAGAUAUCAAGCAUCUGUAACCUACACCUGCAAUACUGGGUACACACUGAGAGGAGUGAACACAUCAACAUGUGCAGCUGACGGUACUAUACUAACACCCAGUUGUAUAGCUGUCAAUUGUACUGUACCUAAUAUCACAAAUGGGCAGCAAGCUGUAUCGGAAAUAUCUUUCCAGCAAACAGCCAACUAUUCAUGCAGUGCUCAUCAUGUGUUAGUUGGAGAAUCACGGCCAGCAUGCCAGGCUAAUCGCACCUUGACUUCAACACCCACAUGCAAAGAUGUGACUUGCCAGGUUCCAACUAUCAGCAACGGGACGUCUAGCCAAGCAGGGAUGAUCAGAUAUCAAGAAUCUGUAACCUACACCUGCAAUACUGGCUACACACUGAGUGGAGUGAACACAUCAAAAUGUGCAGCUAACGGUACUAUACUAACACCCAGUUGUCUAGGUGAGCAAAACGGUAUCAAUGUAUCCUGA